ACGACGACCUUGAUCGCAAUCCAGUAGCAGGGCAAUCAUUGCUAUUUGGAAAAGUUAAUUAUUCGACGAAAAUGGUAUCUUCCAAGAGGUUUGUGGAAUUCAAUUUCGCCAUAUUAAACGUGUGUGUGAAAGUGGACCCACGAACACCUUCUAUAUACCGAUAUCUCCUUGCUACAGUCAUACACGAGACCGCAGACCAAGGUUACCGUGACACAUCGACAGCUCCUUGUUCUUCAACUGGGUCAUUUGAUCAAGUGAUAAGAGAG